AUGGAAACCUCUUAAGCCUAAAAAGACUUAGAAAUAUUAUAGUAAAAAUCUAUUAGUCUAUCACAAAACUUAGAGUAGCUCUGGUUAGAAUUUAAUUAAUAACAAGAGAUGCUUAAAUUAAUUAUAUCAAAAAAUCAAUAUACCAUUUCAAAACAAUCUAAGAAGUUUAAAAAGGUUAUUAGAUUUGUAAUCCCAUACUUAGAAUUGAAAUAAGUGUUUUAAAUGAGAUUGUUAAGUAAGGAGUAUAGAAAAAUUAUAUCUAAUGAAAAAAAAACAAUUAACCAAAUGAUUAAUUAUCAAAUAGAAAAGAAUAAAGAAAAUAUAUACGAAUUUAAUAUUAUUGAUAAAACAUCUAGAGAGUUAUAUAUGUAUAUAGUAAAAUUAAAUUAUUAUGGUCAAAAAGUUAAAGAAACUGUGCUUCCCAAAGAAUUUUAAGGGAUUUUAAAAUAAAUAAGUGAUCCAUCAUAAAUUUAUGCAAUUCAAGUUGCAUCUAAAUUUUAAUAUCCAUAAAAAAAAAUAGCAUAUUAAAAUACAAUAUAAAAAGAAAUUUUAGAUAAUUAUUGUAAAAUUGCUUAUCAUCCAACAUGGUAUGGUAAUACUAAUCUUGUGGCAGAAUUCGAAAAAUAUCGUAAAGAAAUACUAAGAUAAAAACAUUUAAAAUAAUUGCAAUAACUAAAACCAAUUGUUGAUAAUUUAUGA